CAAGUGGAGGGGAAGAAGGAGGUGGAAGCCGAUGACAUGAUGAGGAGCGGCCCCCGACCCAUUGUGCCAUAUAGCUCCAUGUUCUGCUUAAGCCCCACCAACCUGCUGCGGUGCCUCUGCCACUACAUAGUGACCAUGCGCUACUUCGAGAUGGUCAUCCUCGUGGUCAUUGCCCUGAGUAGCAUUGCUCUGGCUGCAGAGGACCCUGUGCGGACAGACUCUCCCAGGAACAAUGCUCUGAAGUACAUGGACUACAUCUUCACAGGUGUCUUCACCUUUGAGAUGGUGAUAAAGAUGAUUGACUUGGGACUGCUCCUUCACCCUGGAGCCUACUUCCGGGACCUGUGGAACAUUCUGGACUUCAUUGUGGUCAGUGGGGCCCUGGUGGUGUUUGCCUUCUCAGGAUCCAAAGGGAAAGACAUCAACACCAUCAAGUCCCUAAGAGUUCUGCGCGUCUUACGGCCCCUCAAGACCAUCAAACGGCUCCCCAAGCUCAAGAUAUGUGCACCAGGAUGUUUAUUCCAGCCCAAUUCUUAACUGCGAAGUGGUGAAAGCAGCCCAAAUGCUCAUCAACCAACAUGUGGAUGAACAAAUUGUGGUAUACGUAUACUAUGGAAUACUAUUCAUCCA